AUUGCGCAUGACUGAAUGGCGGAAUAUGAAGUAGAAGCCUCCUGUUUUUCUCCGAGCUCGAGUCCAACCCCCCCCCCCGAAUCAACCUCUGAAAAACAAAAACGCGGAGCCAUUAAAUCAACAAAAAAAAAUUGGGGCAGGGUGGAGUGAUGGCCGUGUUGGGCCCAGCGUCUGGUGUCCAGAGAUGAUAGAGGUGACCUCAGAGUCACCUUUAACCCCUGACCCCCACCACAACCCCUGAGAGCGAGCUGAAACUGAUCACACACACAGGCUGCAGUGGGGUCCUCUUCCAAAUGACUCCCUCAGGCCUGAAGACUGUUUCACUGCAGCCACAGGCCUGAAGACUGUUUCACUGCAGCCACAGGCCUGAAGACUGUUUCACUGCAGCCACAGGCCUGAAUACUGUUUCAUUGCAGCCACAGGCCUGAAGACUGUUUCACUGCAGCCACAGGCCUGAACAACAGCCAAUCAUGACAUCAAGCAUAGGGGAUGAUUCUAGCAUCUUCGACGGGUCGAUGGAUGAAGAUGAGAAGGACAAAGCAAAACGCGUGUCGCGUAACAAGUCGGAGAAGAAGAGACGAGACCAGUUCAAUGUCCUCAUCAAGGAGCUGGGCACCAUGUUGCCUGGCAUCACACGCAAGAUGGACAAGUCCACCAUCCUGCAGAAGAGCAUCGACUUCCUGUGUAAACACAACGAGAUCUCUGCUCAGUCUGAGUCCAGUGAGAUCAGACAGGACUGGAAACCUCCGUUCCUUAGCAACGAGGAGUUCACCCAGCUCAUGCUGGAGGCUCUGGAUGGAUUCUUCAUAGCGAUAAUGACAGACGGGAACAUCAUCUACGUCUCUGAGAGCGUCACCUCCUUACUGGAACACCUGCCGUCGGACCUGCAGGACCAGAACCUGUUAAACUUCCUCCCCCUGAAUGAACACUCGGAGGUGUACAAGGUUCUCUCCAAACACCCGUCCGACCCCGAGAGCCUCGGACCAGAGUACCUCAAGACCAAGAACCAGCUGGAGUUUUGUUGCCACGUGCUGAGAGGAACCAUCGACCCUAAAGAACCUGCCGUCUACGAACACGUCAAAUUCACAGGCAACUUCAAGUCGCUGAACGACGUCCCCAACACCACCAGGAAUGGUUUAGCAGGAGUGUUACAGAGAUCCCUACAACCUGCCUUUGAUGACCUGGUCUGCUUCGUAGCCACCGUCAGGCUGGCUAAACCACAGUUCAUCAAGGAGAUGUGUACAGUGGUGGAGCCCAAUGAAGAGUUCACCUCCCGACACAGUCUGGAGUGGAAGUUCCUAUUCCUAGACCACAGGGCUCCACCAAUCAUAGGCUACCUUCCAUUUGAGGUUCUGGGAACGUCGGGUUACGACUACUAUCAUGUAGACGACCUGGGGACACUGGCCAAGUGUCACGAACACUUGAUGCAGUAUGGUAAAGGGAAGUCGUGUUACUACAGGUUCCUGACCAAAGGUCAACAGUGGAUCUGGCUCCAGACUCGUCACUACAUCACCUAUCACCAGUGGAACUCCAGGCCUGAGUUCAUCGUCUGCACGCACACCGUCGUCAGCUACGCGGAGGUGAGGGCAGAGCAGCGUAGAGAGCUGGGUAUCAUUGAAGAGCCCCCCCCUGAGGUAACUGUGGACAAGCAGAGUCAAGACAGUGGAUCUGAGUCUCAGCUCAACACAGUUUCCAGCCUAAAAGAGGCCCUGGAACGCUUUGACCGUAGUCACACCCCCUCCUCCACCUCUCUGUCCUCACACAAGACCUCCUCACAGCUCUCAGACAACACCUGUACCUCAACAGCCUCCAAGCUCCACAUGGACAUGGCCACGCCCCCUCGUCAGUCACAUGUUGCCUCCACCAUCGAGAUGACAUCACAGAGACGCUCCUCCAUCAGCAGCCAGUCUACGAGUUCUCAGACCACGGGACACAGUGUGGCUCCCGUCCAUCCUGUGAUACAACAACACCAACAACAAGAGCCGGUGCUAGAGUUCUCAGCCCAGGUGAAUGCUAUGCAGCACCUAAAGGACCAGCUGGAGCAGAGGACCAGGAUGAUUCAGGCCAACAUCCAGAGACAGCAGGAUGAACUCCGAGCCAUACAGGACCAACUACACAGAGUACAGCCCCCAGCCAUACAGGACCAACUACACAGAGUACAGCCCCCAGCCAUACAGGACCAACUACACAGAGUACAGCCCCCAGCCAUACAGGACCAACUACACAGAGUACAGCCCCCAGCCAUACAGGACCAACUACACAGAGUACAGCCCCCAGCCAUACAGGACCAACUACACAGAGUACAGCCCCCAGCCAUACAGAUGUUCGUGCAGCAGCCUGGCGGAGCUUUGAAUGUCCAGCUGCCUCAGGUGGGGGUGGUGCCACAGGGAGCAGUUUUGACCAAUCAGGUGCAGCAGACUGUCCUAAACCCCGCCCACACAGGAAGUCAGCUCACCAUUCAGCAGCAGCAGUCACCUCCUCCUCAACAGAACCUUCAACUACAGCAAAACAACUCUCUCGCUCAGGUAUUCAGCCAAGCAGUGGUCCAGCAGCAGCGUCAACAACAACAACAACAGCAGCAGCAACCUGUCUAUAACAUGAUCAUGUCUCAGCCUGGCCAGCCCAACCUACUACAGAUCAGUACCAGUCUACCACAGAACAACACACAACAGGCUGUAGCCACCUUCACACAAGACAACACUCAGAUACAGUUUCCGGCGGGCCAGCAGCUGGUGACUAAGUUAGUGACAGCUCCCAUGGCAUGUGGAGCGGUCAUGGUCCCGACCUCUGUGUUCAUGGGACAACCGGUCAUCGCUUACAACCCCUUCGGAGGGCAGCAGGGCGGUCAGACUCUGACCCUCCAGGCAGCCCAGCCCCAACAGAACCAGCCUGACAGCCAGACACAGACGACUGUAGUGGCACAGAGUAACCAACAGGGGGCUGUAGUGGCACAGAGUAACCAACAGGGGGCGCAGCAUCAGUUCGUACAGGGCACCCGUCUUCUCCACGGCAACCAGCAGCUGAUCCUCCAGGCAGCAUUCCCCAUGCAACAACAGCAACAGGCCUUCACCCAGGUAACACAACAACAACAACAGUCUCACAACCAGAGGCAUCAGCUGCAGCUGAAACCACAGCCGCAGAAACAACCCAAAGGCCCGCCUUCGCACCGGACUGACAGCUCCAGCAGCCAAGCACAGUAGGCCAGGCAUCCAAUCAGACUCUAUGACCUGAAGGCUGAACCAAUCAGAGGUGUGGAGGGGUGUCCUGGAUUGUGUUGUGUGUUUUUCUAAUGGAACUACAGUGUUGGAGUCACCCAACCCCCCCCUUCCUAUCGCCCCUACCAAUAUAGCUGCUGUGUUGACCCCCCUCUAUCUUCCGCCAUAACAAACUGAAUUAUGGGUAACGGUGAGGGUGGCCAGCCCUUCGUCCUAGAAAGCUACUAACUGUGCAGGGUUUGGCUCCGGCUCUGCUCUAACACACCUAUUCAGUUGCUCACCAGGACCUUGAUGCUCACCUAGACUGAAUCAGGUGUGUUGGUUAGCGCAGGGCCGGAACUAAAGCCUGCAGUCAGGAGAUCUUCAGGAGGAGGUUUGGCCCCACCUGGAUUUCACCUUCCUUAAGGAACUCCUCAUCACCGCGGUGACAAUAGUACGGACCGGAACCAUCGGAACCCUGUGUCCCGUAGCAACCAGGAGGAGAGUUGUUUGUUCGUGCGUUGGAGGAGAGACAAACUCGGUGUCCGUGGAAACCCAGUAGAACUCUGCGUUGCCACGGCAACGAGAGACUCCAAAAGGAACGUUGUGGUGAUGGACUGACUCUAUGGGUCUGUACAGUACAGACGUGUGUAACAUUAAACUAAAUGUAAAUAUCCAUUAUAGCUGCAAAGAAAAAAACCGGAAAUGACUAUUUUAUAUGAUUGCAUGGGUAAAUAACUGUACGUUUUUAUGAGUAACUUUUGACAAAAUGACUUUAUUCAGUGUUUUCCUGGUCAGUUCCUGGUCAGUUCCUGGUCAGAUAUGAGGUGACAGACGUUCAGCUAGGAUGAAGAGCCGCCUCUCUCUUCCACCUAAAGGUCUUUCGGCUCUGUUCCAACACUUUAGAAAAUGCAUCCAUCCUUCCAUCUUUCCUCCCUUCCUGCCUUGAGGUCAUCAAAGUCAUUCAGUUAAAGGGUGUAUUUCAUUUGUGUUGGAACAUGGCCCCCGGAGGGAGAGAUGUUGUGUCACCGUUGGUUUGAUGGACGGGCUUGGGUUCUAGUGGGAUGCUGGGAAAUGUAGUUUUUAAACUCAACAUUUUAUUUUUUAAACUCAACAUUUUGAAACGUUUUAUCAGAACAACAACCACGUCUGAUCCAAUCCAAUCAUGACGACCAAACAGACCUACGGAUAAAUAUAAUCUAAACCAGACCAGGGAGUCGGCGAUAUUACUCAGCCUGGUCCCAGAUCACUUCGGUCUUGUGUUGGCUCAGUUGGUAGAGCAAGGCACUUGCAACCCCAAAGGUCGUGGGUUUGAUUCCAGCUCGGGCCAUCCGUACGUCAAAUCUAUGCACGUAUGACUGACUCUAAGUUGCUUUGGGAAAAAUACAUCUAGUAAAUGUUCUAUAUGAAUGGUGCCGUCUUAACAACACACAGGUCUGGGAUCAUCUGUAACGGGUUUAGUUAUUCCAAGUGCCAAUAGUCACAACACACAGGGUCAGUUGAUAUAUAUAUUUUAGCAGACUAUUCAAAGAGGUAUAUAUAUAUAUAUAUAUUUCCAGAAGUAUAUGACCCUUCUAUCAGAGUACUGCAUGUAUAUAGAAUGGAUUAUUUUUUAAUGAAGACAGAAACAGAGUCUUAUUAUACAUAGACAGUAUAUAUUUAACCUCCCCCAUGAUAUUAUAGCACUUAAUGAGGUCUAACACAGUAAAUUACAGACCUACAGACAGUAUAUAUUUAACCUCCCCCAUGAUAUUAUAGCACUUAAUGAGGUCUUAGACAGUAAAUUACAGACAGUAUAUCUCCCCAUGAUAUUAUAGCACUUAAUGAGGUCUAACACAGUAAAUUACAGACAGUAUAUCUCCCCAUGAUAUUAUAGCACUUAAUGAGGUCUAACACAGUAAAUUACAGACAGUAUAUCUCCCCAUGAUAUUAUAGCACUUAAUGAGGUCUAACACAGUAAAUUACAGACCUACAGACAGUAUAUCUCCCCAUGAUAUUAUAGCACUUAAUGAGGUCUAACACAGUAAAUUACAGACCUACAGACAGUAUAUAUUUAACCUCCCCCAUGAUAUUAUAGCACUUAAUGAGGUCUUAGACAGUAAAUUACAGACAGUAUAUCUCCCCAUGAUAUUAUAGCACUUAAUGAGGUCUUAGACAGUAAAUUACAGACAGUAUAUCUCCCCAUGAUAUUAUAGCACUUAAUGAGGUCUAACACAGUAAAUUACAGACCUACAGACAGUAUAUCUCCCCAUGAUAUUAUAGCACUUAAUGCGGUCUAACACAGUAAAUUACAGACCUACAGACAGUAUAUCUCCCUAUGAUAUUAUAGCACUUAAUGAGGUCUUAGACAGUAAAUUACAGACAGUAUAUCAUAGCACUUAAUGCGGUCUAACACAGUAAAUUACAGACCUACAGACAGUAUAUCUCCCUAUGAUAUUAUAGCACUUAAUGAGGUCUUAGACAGUAAAUUACAGACAGUAUAUCUCCCCAUGAUAUUAUAGCACUUAAUGAGGUCUUAGACAGUAAAUUACAGACAGUAUAUCUCCCCAUGAUAUUAUAGCACUUAAUGAGGUCUAACACAGUAAAUUACAGACCUACAGACAGUAUAUCUCCCCAUGAUAUUAUAGCACUUAAUGCGGUCUAACACAGUAAAUUACAGACCUACAGACAGUAUAUCUACCUAGCUGUGUUGAAUCUGGAUGUGUGUGGAAAUCUGUGUGUAUGUUUGUGUGUGUGAGAGAGAGUAUGUGAGUCUGUGUUCUUGUCCAUGCGUUUACCUCUAGACAUUGUGUGCGUGUGUGUUUACAUUGUGUGUGUGUGUGUGUUUACAUUGUGUGUGUUUCCCCCUGUGUCUUAUACUAACUCCCUUAUUCAAGGAUCCACAAUUUGCUGAAUGGUCUCUGCUCAGGAAUAAAACUGUUGUGUCCAAAA